AUUCAACAAAAACAGUCAGUUAGGGACUUUUACUUUAAAUCAGCCGGAGACUUUUAAUUUGUCUGGUUUAUUCCCAUAAUUCCACCAUUUAUGCGUACGUCGUGGCGUCAGACGUACAAAGCGUGUCCGCGCACCCUCUGAAGUCUUGAAUUGGCAUCAAGCAGCAGCAAAGAUGUUCCGGCCCAAGCCCACACUGAGGGACAGACAGCACCUUUACAAGCUGAUCAUCAGCCAGCUGCUGUAUGACGGCUACACCACCAUCGCCAACAGCCUGAUCAGUGAGGUGAAGCCCCAGACUGUGGUGUCUCCAUCAGAGCAGCUCAUGCAGCUGGCCAAGACAGGAAUGGAGAACGAUGACAGUGCGGUACAGUACGCCAUUGGCCGCUCGGACAACGUGGCGCCCGGUGUGGGCAUCGACCUGGAAUUUGAUGCAGACGUGCAAACCAUGUCCCCAGAAGCAUCAGAGUAUGAGACCUGCUAUGUGACAUCUCAUAAGGGUCCGUGCCGUGUGGCCACCUACAGCCGCGAUGGGCAGCUCAUAGCCACGGGCUCUGCUGACGCCUCCAUUAAGAUCCUGGAUACCGAGCGCAUGCUGGCCAAAAGCGCCAUGCCUCUUGAGGUGAUGAUGAACGAAACGGCCCAGCAGAACAUGGAGAACCACCCUGUAAUCAGAACCUUGUAUGAUCAUGUGGAUGAGGUCACAUGCCUUGCUUUUCACCCGACCGAGCAGAUCUUAGCCUCUGGCUCUCGUGAUUACACCCUCAAGCUCUUUGAUUAUUCAAAGCCGUCUGCAAAAAGAGCCUUCAAGCACAUACAGGAAGCUGAAAUGUUGCGUUCCAUUUCCUUCCAUCCAUCUGGGGAUUUCUUACUAGUCGGCACGCAGCACCCAACCUUGCGUCUUUAUGACGUUAACACUUUCCAGUGUUUUGUGUCCUGCAACCCUCUGGAUCAGCACACUGACACCAUCUGCGGAGUCUGUUACAAUCCCAGCGCUAACAGCUACGUCACCUGUAGCAAAGACGGCAGCAUCAAGUUGUGGGACGGAGUGUCGAACCGGUGCGUGACCACGUUUGAGAAAGCCCACGAUGGUGCUGAGGUCUGCUCGGCUGUUUUCUCCAAGAAUUCCAAGUAUAUUCUGUCCAGCGGGAAGGAUUCUGUUGCUAAACUCUGGGAAAUCUCCACAGGCCGGACUUUGGUCAAGUACACAGGUGCGGGUCUCAGUGGGCGACAAACGCACCGCACUCAGUGUGUGUUCAACCACACGGAGGACUAUGUGCUGCUGCCGGACGAGCGAACCAUCAGCUUGUGCUGCUGGGAUUCACGCACAGCUGAGAGGAAAAACCUGCUCUCAUUAGGCCACAAUAACAUUGUGCGCUGUAUCGUCCAUUCACCCACCAACCCCGGCUUCAUGACCUGCAGCGACGACUUCAGAGCACGAUUCUGGUAUCGCCGCACCACCACUGACUAGGAGACAUUUGUGUGCUUUGAGACUGAAAGGGUCUGAAUUUCUUGUAUCAGCAGGCCCCAAACACAGAAAUGUCCACACUGUUUAUGACUUCGCAGGCUUGAUUGCCAAGGCUGUGUGUCAUUUAACACACAAAACCAUUUUUAAAAACCUCAGAGUGCUUAUGACUGCAGUACCUUUGUAUUACAUUUGGGUGGUGCUGUUUUACGAAUUGUCUGAGAUCCAUUUGUUUUCAGAUUUUUAGAACUUGACUGAUGUUACCAUUCAGUAACAUCAAAAUUGUCAGCUGUAAAGUCGCAUUGAUAUUACAUUCACAGCUAGAAACGUUUUUUGUGUUAUUUGCGUAUCUGACAACAAGUAGAUGAGUACUAUUCUGUCAUGGCAAGUGCCUAGAAUGUGUUCUUUUCCAUUUCGAUUUGUGUACUGUGCUCUUUGUUUUAUAUUAAAAGACUCUGGGAGAAUUGUUUCUUGUGCCAUUCAAUUUUUUCAUACACUCUCAGAAAUAAAGGUACAAAAGCUGUCACUGGGGCGGUACCUUUUCAAAAGGUACACUUUUGUACCUAUUAGUACUUAAAGUGUACAUAUUUGAACCUAAUAUGUACCUUUAAGCUACCAAAAUGGACCCUUUAGGUACAAACAUGUGCCUUUUGAAACCGUACCACCCCAGUGACAGCUUUUGUACCUUUUAUUUCUGAGAGUGUAGUUGCACGUCUGAAGUAUUUUUGAAUGGCAUUGAAUCAUUGAACCGGUGUUGUUAGUGCAGCUUGCUGUUGCUCAAACUUUGGGUUAAGGAUUUGAAUAAACUCCUGACCCCAAGCAUUCAACUUUGUGUAACUCGUUUUGAAACCAUUCAACCAAGAGAAAAUUCUGAGUAAAAAACCCAGUAGACGUAUACUGCCAUUUAAAAGGGAAAACUUUUUUUCUUUUGAAGUCUCUUAUGCUCACCAAGGCUGCAACUGUUUGGUUAAAAAUACAGUAAAAACUUAUUGUGAAAUAUUGUUGACUUUUAAUAAAAAUAAAUAUUUUCAA